CCUGCUGCAUUGCCAGCAAAAUCAGAGAACGGUGCAGAACCCAGAUCUUUCAGGAGUUCAAAUCACAAUGGCAGCCCCAUACUAUGCUGGGAGUCCCAGCCGUGGCCACCCAAGGACCAACCAUGGUGAGAGGAUGCCUGGUGCUCCCUGCUGGGCCAGGCUGCAGGGAGAACAGCUGAGCCGGGAGUCCUCCUGCCAUGUCAGCCAGUCCUCACCUGAGGAAGAGAAAAUCUUUCACAACCUCCUUUCUUGUUUUCUCUUCAUUCACCCUACUCUUUUAUUUCUUUUGACCUUUUACAUUUUCUCCUCAUGAUGUGGCCACAGCAGCUAAGUUGUGAAGAGAGGUCAAAAUAACCUCUGCUUCAUCCAGAGCUUGGCAGCUUUUCCCCUCCUGCUUCCUACAAGGGGCCAGCAGCCAACUGAGAAUUAUCUUAGUGGGUAAAACUGGAGCAGGAAAAAGUGCAACAGGGAACAGCAUCCUUGGAGAGAAGGUGUUUGAUUCUCACAUGGCACCAAAAUCCAUUACGAAGACCUGUAAGAAAGGGAGCAGGAUGUGGGAGCAAACAGAACUCAUCGUGGUUGACACACCUGGCAUUUUCGACACCGAGGUGCCAGAUGAUGACACAAGCAAGGAGAUUGCUCACUGCAUGGUUCUGACCUCCCCAGGGCCUCAUGCUCUGCUCCUGGUAGUUCCAUUGGGCCGUUACACUGAGGAAGAGCGUGAGGCCACAGAGAAGAUCCUGAAGAUGUUUGGAGACAGGGCUAGAAAAUUCAUGAUUCUCUUAUUCACCCGGAAAGAUGACUUGGAGGAUAUCAGUUUCCAUGAUUACCUAAGAGAAGCUCCAAAGCACAUUCAAGAGUUGAUGGCCAAGUUUGGUGAUCGCUACUGUGUGUUCAACAAUAGGGCAACAGGUGGUGAGCAGGAGGCCCAGAGGAAGGAGUUGCUGACCCUGGUCCAGCGCGUCGUGAGAGAGAAUAAGGGAGGAUGUUACACUAAUAAGGUGUAUGAAAGGGCUGAGCAGGAGAUUCAGAAACAAACCCAGGAGCUGCAACAACAUUACAAAGAAGAGCUGGAGAAGGAGAAAGCCCGUAUCAGAGAGGAAUAUGAAGAAAAAAUCAGAAACCUGGAAGAUAAACUGGAGCAGGAAAAGAGAAGGGCACAAAUGGAGAGGAUAUUAGCAGAAAGGGAGGCUCUCUGUGUUGUAAAGCAGCAAGAUGCUAGAAGGGAGGUUGAAAGUCAGAGUCGGAUAGUUGAAUUAAUCUUAAAGGUGUUGAAUAUUGCUUCCUUUGUUUUCUCAUAUUUGUUUAGAGAUUAAAUUUAACAAAAAUUUGUAUUUUCUGCAAACCUUGACCCAUUCUACUCAUUUAUCAAGGUCAGAGUGCUCUGAUUUCUGUCUCUCAGGCUUGCAGGACUAAUUUCACUACUGGAAAUUGGUAGGUGUUCUGUUGACUCAACAGGAGAGGGACCAAUUCUCAACUUCUCAAACUCCAAAGUAGUAUGUGUUGGUACUCGCUACUUUGUGAUUUCUAACUCACAGAGAAAAGGCAGGCAAGAGACAAAAGAAGAUGACCGAAUGCUGUAAACUUUUAUCCUUGAUAAACCUUUCUCUUUUAGAUUCUGUCUAGUUUGGCAGAUUAUCUCUCUUUGUAACUUCUACUCAUAAUUGCCUUUAGGACCUAGUAAUAGAAAAAUCAAUUAUUUGCAUUAGAUUAACCCAUAGAUGGAGAUGCUUGUAAGACUAUUUCUAGAUAAAUGUCAAUUUGUUUAAUUAUAUUUUCAUAUAAAGAUGCGAAUUAUUCCUUGUCAUUUGCUCACUGAAGAACAAAGACUUGUCUGGAAAACAAAUCUCUCCAAAUUCAACUAACCAGGAAUCCCCAAAUACCAGAAAGGGUGAAAGGGCAAUUCAACAGAUAAGAGAACAAUAUUUGGUAUAUUCAGGUGUAUGUGCAGAAACUCUUUGACCAACCUCAAUUUAACCAAUUUGAUGACUAACUAGUUCUUUCCUUUUCUUUCUUUUUUUUUUUUAAAUUGUUAAAUCAUAGCUAUGUACCUUAGUGAAAUCAAGGGUUACAAUGUGCUAGUUUCAUAUACAAUCUGAAGUAAUCUCAUCAAACUGUUUCCUUUUCUUGAUAAACAAACCUAUGGUUGUGACCUCAACUCCCUCACCUUGAGCACUUAUUACUUGGCAGCUCAUCUGCACACUUCUGCUCCACCCAACUGAAUGUUUGCUUAUUGUUAUGAUAGUAAAACUUUUCUUUUUUUUUCCUUUAUUAAAUCAUAACUGUGUACAUUGAUGCAUUUAUGGGGUACAAUGUGCUGAUUUGAUAUACAAUGUGGAAUGCCUACAUUGAAUUGAUUAACACAACCAUCACCUCACUUACUUAUUUAUUUAUUUUUUUAUUAAAUCAUAACUGUAUACAUUGAUAUGAUCAUGGGGCAUCAUACACUCGCUUCAUAGACCAUUUGACACAUUUUUAUCACAAUGGUUAACAUAGCCUUUCCGGCAUUAUCUCAGUUACUGUGCCAAAACAUUUACAUUCUACAUUUACCAAGUUUCGCAAAUACCCCUGUAAGAUGCACCACAGGUGUGAUCCCACCGAUCCCCCUCCCUCUACCCCCCCUUCCCACUUCCCCCUAUUGUUAGGUUGUAACUGGGUUAUAGCUUUCAUGUGAGAGCCCCAAAUUAGUUUCAUAGUAGGGCUGAGUACA